ACCUCGUGAGGAAGACAAAAACACACAAAAAACAAUCCUCCGAAAAAGUUUAGAUGGGUUUUCAUCCACCCCACUGAACUGCCAACAGCUGAUUGUGUGAAAAAUAGAAAGGUCACAAACCGGAUGUUUAGGGACCACAAUUGGCGUCAGGUGAGAUGAUAUCAAAUUAGCUGGCCAGUUAUCGCACAUUCUCGUUUGUAAUGUCGGACUGGGAGGAGGAAAACGAUGUACCUACGCAUGCUACCACAGCACCACCCACAGAUUGGAGGUCUUCGUGGAAAGGGGGUGCGAAAGAAAAUGUGUGUUUUGGGAUGGGAAAUGCAGGUGGUUUCAGAGCGCCAAGAGAGAGAGGGGAUCCCAACGGUUCGCAUUGUCAAAAUUGGAGGGACAGCUAUGGUGGCAACGACCGCGUGUUCUCCAGAAGUGGAGAUCUUUAUGCCUGUGGGCGCAGAGGCCGUGGCGCAGACGGGUCGGCUUCAACUCCGCCCGUCACCUUCACGGUGGAAAAUACCUCAAUUGGAAGGGUUAUAGGUCGUGGUGGAGCUAAAAUACGUGAACUUGAAGAAACCAGUGGUGCACGAAUCAAGAUCAGCAAGGGGGACUAUGAGGGUGAGGUGCAUAUCUUCGGGAGCAGCAAGGUUCAACAGAAGGCCCGAGAGAUGAUCGAGGAGUUGGUAGCCGGAGACAGUGGCCCUGGGGCAUUCCGCAGAGAACCUGGGUGUGAUGGAAGAUUUGGGGGUGCUGGUGGCGGAGGCAGGAGCGGCUCCAUCUGGUCAGCUGCAGCCCUGCAGGCGUCUCUGGAGGACAGUCCUCCACAGGCCAUCGACUGGGUCUCCAUGAGGGCCAACCGGCACAAAUACGAGGAGAUGAAGUGGCAGGAUCUCCCACCUCUGAAGAAGGAUUUCUACUUUGAGUCAGAGAUUGUAGCCAGUCGGUGUGAAGAGGAAGUAAAGGCAUGGAGGAAAGCGAAUAACGAUAUCUUUGUGGAUGACCUGAAGGAGGGAGAAGGGAAGAAGCGUCCUUUUCCCAACCCUGUGAUCACGUUCGACGAAGCCUUCCUGCACUAUCCUGGGAUCAUGGAGAAUAUUGUCAGAGUCGGCUUCGCCAAGCCAACUCCUAUCCAGGUCCUUAUUGAGUCAGUCGGCUUCGCCAAGCCAACUCCUAUCCAGGUCCUUAUUGAGUCAGUCGGCUUCGCCAAGCCAACUCCUAUCCAGUCUCAAGCCUGGCCCAUGUCGCUGAAAGGAGAUGACCUGAUCGCGAUCGCCCAGACAGGCACAGGAAAGACACUGGCCUACCUUCUACCUGGCUUCAUUCACAUGGAUGGCCAGCCUGUAAAACGUGUUAAGCGGGACGGCCCUGGUAUGCUUGUUCUGACUCCCACUAGAGAGCUGGCUCUGCAGAUUGAGUCAGAGUGCAACAAGUACAGCUACAAGGGCUUCAAAUGUGUGUGUGUCUACGGAGGUGGAGACCGCAGGGCCCAGAUCAAAGUGAUCUCAGCUGGAGUAGACAUUGUGAUCGCUACGCCUGGCCGGCUUAACGACCUGCAGAUGAACGAGUUGAUCAACCUGCAUUCCAUCACCUACCUGGUGCUGGAUGAGGCAGACAGGAUGCUUGACAUGGGCUUUGAGCCUCAAAUAAUGAAAAUUCUUCUGGAUGUCCGUCCGGACAGGCAGACUAUUAUGACCAGUGCCACCUGGCCCACGGGAGUGAGGCGAUUGGCCAAGACGUACCUGAAGAACCCCAUGAUGGUGUAUGUGGGAACUCUGGACCUGGCUGCUGUGAACACAGUGCAGCAGACUGUUCUCUUUUGUCAAGACGAGGAGAAGAAGGCCUAUCUCUUUAACUUUGUCCACAACAUGGAGCCUGAGGACAAAGUGCUCAUCUUCGUAGGCAAGAAGAUAAUGUGUGACGACCUGUCCAGUGACAUGUGUCUGCGGGGCCUGGCAGUACAGAGUCUUCAUGGGGACCGGGAACAGUGUGACCGCGAGGAGGCGCUCAAGGACUUCAAAGAAAGUGUUGUCCGUAUCCUAGUGGCCACUGACCUGGCCUCCCGAGGGCUGGAUGUCACAGACAUCACACACGUCUUCAACUUUGACUUCCCACGCAACAUUGAAGAGUAUGUCCAUCGCGUGGGCCGCACGGGCCGGGCAGGACGCUCUGGGGCCUCUAUCACCUUGGUAACGAGAGGAGACUGGAGGAAGGCUCCUGACCUGAUCCCCAUCCUGGAGAGGGCUGGACAGGAGGUACCUGAUGAGCUGGUGCUCAUGGCGGAGAGAUACGAGAAGCACAAGCGAGAGAAGGAGAUGUACGGCCCCAGAGGAGGAGGAGGAGGGGGAGGAGGAGUAAGAGACAGAGGAGAGUCUAACUGGAGGUUCUAACCCAUUACAGGUACACAGGAGGAAGAAGCAACUUGCAACUUCAGUUCUGGAAUCUCAAGCGUUCAUCCUUUUUUUGUUUUAUUGAAUAAUUCAUAGUGUUGUACAGACAGUUUAAAUUACCUUUUUAUAAUUUGAGUGAGAGCCAAAUGCUCUUCUCCAUGUAUCAUCUCUGGGAAGACUCUAAACUGUUCUGAUCUGAAUUAAAUGGUAACUUCUGA